AUGACGCAGUUGGCGGUCCUGAGUCAGACUGCCGCACCAGCGAGAAACCUGUUCGAUGGGCAAUCCACAAAAAACCGUACGACCAUUCCGAUUGUAGAAGAGAAGGAAGGCAUGGCUGCGGAGGUGAUGGAACUCGACUCAUCACUGGCUAAGACAACAAGGAAGUUUGAUGAGAAGUUCAACCAAAAGUACUUUCCCUCGGAAGCUUGGGAUAGACUUGAACAGCAAUUCAUGGAUUUAACACAAGGAAACUGGACUGUCCGAGAGUACGAGGUGGAAUUCAACCGUCUUCGACGAUCGGUUGCGGAAUUGGUGGAACGGGCUGCGGCUGUUGAGUCCAGUAUUGAGGAAGAAAAUAAGGAAAGAGCUCUGACACGUCCCAACCUGGCGAGUAAGAUCGUGGAUAACAGGAAACAGAAAUGGGAUCAGGUCGGUGAAGGCGGUCAAGCCUCGGCUAAACAAGGGGAAUGUGCGACUUGCGGAAAGAAGCACGGGGGUACAUGCUGGAAAAUGGCUAGAGCAUGUGCCAAGUGCAGAAGCAAGAACCACACGGUUCAAAGCUGUCCGCGGAUUGAGCAAGGGCAGCUCAGGGUUAAAAAUGAGGAAAUAUCCUGUUUCUAUUGCGGAAAGGCCGGACAUUUCAAGAAGAAAUGUCCUAAGCUGCAAGAUGAGAUACGGAUGGAACAAAGAGGAAACCGUAGCGGGGACACACAGCAAGCUAAGAGACAGGCUGUAGCACCCCGGAUGUACGAGUUGUCCAAGAAAAUUGAUGAGGCCGGAAGUUACAGUGAGAUCACUGGGACCCUAAAAAUAGGCGGUGUGUCAACACACGUCUUAUAUGAUACCGGAGCUACACAUAGUUUUGUGAGCCCGGAAAUGAUAGGAAAAGGCAGGUUCUGUAGAGAACAUGAAAAGGCUACAGAACCUGGGAAAGACUAUGGGAUAGUCAAUGCCGCAGGUUGUCAGGUCAUGUACUCGCAGGAAACAGUCCAUGACAUCUCGGUGAUGAUCGGGGGUGUGAACCCACCGGCGGAUCUGGUGCGGUUCGUGCGGGAUGCGGGAAAAUUGGAGUUUCAAAGAAUUCAACAACCUUCAGGGAGUUUGAUUGUCUCAACGAUCCAAGCAGAAAGGAUGCUUGAGAAGGGGUGUGAGGCUUACUUGGCCACAAUCACCAUGGCCGAAGUGGGCAAGGGUGCCAAGAUCAAGGAAAUUCCGGUAGUCAAUGAAUUUGCAGAUGUGUUCCAGGGCUUAACAGGUUUACCACCUGACCAGUCGGAUCCAUUUACGAUAGAACUUGAACUGGGAACGUCCCCACUCUCGAAGGCGCCUUACCGGAUGGCUCCGGCAGAAAUGGCCGAGAAGAAAGACGGAAGCUUUAGGUUGUGCAUCGACUACCGAGGGCUUGACCGAGUAACUGUUAAGAACAAGUACCCAUUGCCUCGGAUAGACGAGUUGCUGGAUCAGUUGAAAGGGGCGACCGUGUUCUCAAAGGUGGAUUUGGCUUCGGGAUAUCAUCAGAUUCUCAUAGAGCCUUCGGAUGCGCGCAAGACGGCUUUCCGGACUAGGUAUGGCCAUUUUGAAUUUGUGGUUAUGCCAUUCGGAUUGACAAACGCGCCAGCAGCCUUCAUGAAGAUGAUGAACGAAACGCAUCAAAGUCAUUUGAGGGCGGUGUUGCAGCGACUAAGGGACCAAAAGCUAUAUGCAAAAUUGAGCAAGUGUAGCUUUUGGCAAAGGAGUAUUGGGUUCCUAGGACAUAUUUUCUUAUACCAAGGUGUAUCGGUGGAUCCAGAGAAGAUCAAAGCCAUUAAGGAAUGGCCAAGACCCAAGAACGCUUCGGAAAUAAGGAGUUUUCUCGGCUUGGUGGGAUAUUAUAAGAAGUUUGUGAAUGGAUUCUCGAGUUUAGCCAAGUCAUUGACGCGGCUGACCGGGAAGGAUGUGAAAUUCAUGUGGACGGAGGGGUGUGAAAAGAGUUUUGCCGGGCUGAAGGAAAAAAUAACAAGCGCACCGGUUCUAGCUUUACCUGAAACAGACCAGCCGUAUGUGGUGUACGCGGAUGCAUCUAUAAACGGCAAGGUGAUCGCUUAUGCAUCAAAGCAGUUACGGAAACACGAAGGGAAUAAUCCAACCCAUGAUUUGGAAAUAGCGGCAGUAGUCUUUGCACUUAAGAUAUGGUGA